GGCUGAGUUGUCUCUUCACGGUUCUCAUGGAUGUUAUAAAUUCCGCCUUGCGCUCGAGACUCCAUCAUUUGCUGAGAAUCAUGGCAGAAGUAGCUCCAGCAGCCGCACCGGCUAAAGCUCCGGCUAAAGCCCCGAAGAAGAAGUCCGCUACCAAGGCUAAGAAAGAUGGACCCAGCCUCGCUAAACUCAUCGUGGCUGCCGUGGCCGACUCCAAGGAGCGCAAGGGGAUGUCUGUGGCGGCUCUCAAGAAGGUUCUGGCCGGGAAAGGCGUCGAUGUGGCCAAGGCCAACAAGCGCAUCAACACCGCCGUUACCAAGCUUGUGACGAAGGGAACUCUUAGUCAAACUAAAGGAACCGGAGCAUCCGGGUCCUUCAAGCUCGCCAAGAAGGAGCCCAAAGCCGCCAAACCAGCCAAGAAGGUGGUGAAGAAGGCUCCCGCAAAGGCAAAGAAACCAGCCGCCAAGAAGGCCACAACACCCAAGAACCCCGCCGCUAAGAAAGCAGCAGCCAAGAAAUCUCCGAAGAAGGCAGCGGCCAAGAAAUCUCCAGAGAUCGCCCAGGAUUUCAAGACCGACCUGCGCUUCCAGAGCUCUGCCGUCAUGGCUCUGCAGGAGGCCAGCGAGGCUUACCUGGUCGGACUCUUCGAAGAUACCAACCUGUGCGCUAUCCACGCAAAGAGGGUCACCAUCAUGCCUAAAGACAUCCAGCUGGCCCGCCGUAUCCGUGGAGAACGUGCUUAA